UCGCCGCUCGCCUUUCCCCCCUCCCUGUCUUCCCUCCCCUCCCUGCCCCGCUCUUCUCUUCCCGUCUGAGGUGGCGGCCGGCCUCCCUCAUCUCCAGCUCCGCUUCGCCUCUAGCCCUGGCUUCCCGUUUUUGUCGGGCCCCGAGACCGGUCUGAGCGCUCCCCCUGUCGCCCCGGGUGGCCGAGUAGUCCCGGGCCCCUCGAGUCGCUGCGUUUUCUCCCUCCCUGGGCUUGGGUGCUCGUCCUCCCCCGCCAUGAAUGAGGAGUACGACGUGAUCGUGCUGGGCACCGGCCUGACGGAAUGCAUCCUGUCAGGAAUAAUGUCAGUGAACGGAAAGAAAGUUCUGCACAUGGAUAGAAACCCGUAUUAUGGAGGAGAAAGUGCAUCUAUAACACCUCUGGAAGAUUUGUACAAGAGAUUUAAAAUCCCAGGAGCACCACCAGCAUCAAUGGGGAGAGGAAGAGACUGGAAUGUCGACUUAAUUCCCAAGUUCCUUAUGGCCAAUGGUCAGCUGGUGAAGAUGCUGCUUUAUACAGAGGUCACCCGCUAUCUGGAUUUCAAAGUGACUGAAGGGAGCUUUGUCUAUAAGGGAGGAAAAAUCUACAAGGUUCCUUCCACCGAAGCAGAAGCCCUGGCGUCUAGCUUAAUGGGACUGUUUGAAAAACGUCGCUUCAGAAAAUUCCUAGUGUAUGUUGCCAACUUUGAUGAAAAAGAUCCCCGCACUUUUGAGGGCAUCGAUCCUAUGAAGACUGCAAUGCGGGAGGUGUACAAGAAAUUUGAUUUGGGACAAGAUGUCAUAGAUUUCACCGGCCACGCCCUGGCACUUUACAGAACCGAUGACUAUUUAGAUCAACCAUGCUGUGAAACCAUUAAUAGGAUUAAACUUUACAGCGAGUCUCUGGCAAGAUAUGGCAAAAGUCCGUACCUUUACCCGCUCUAUGGCCUUGGAGAGCUGCCCCAGGGAUUUGCAAGGCUGAGUGCUAUUUAUGGUGGUACCUACAUGCUCAACAAACCAAUUGAGGAAAUCAUUGUGCAGAAUGGAAAAGUGAUUGGAGUGAAAUCUGAAGGAGAGGUCGCUCGCUGUAAGCAGCUCAUCUGCGACCCCAGCUACGUCCAGGACCGGGUGGAGAAAGUGGGCCAGGUGAUCCGCGUGAUCUGCAUCCUCAGCCACCCCAUCAAGAACACCAACGACGCCAACUCCUGCCAGAUCAUCAUCCCCCAGAACCAGGUCAGCCGGAAGUCAGACAUCUACGUGUGCGUGAUCUCCUCCGCACACAGCGUGGCCGCGCAGGGCAAGUACAUCGCCAUCGUCAGCACGACUGUGGAGACCGAGGAGCCGGAGAAAGAAAUCAGACCGGCUCUGGAGCUUUUGGAACCGAUUGAACAGAAAUUCGUCAGCAUCAGUGACCUCCUCGUCCCGAAGGACUUGGGAACAGAAAGCCAGAUCUUCAUUUCCCGCACGUACGAUGCCACGACCCACUUUGAGACCACUUGUGACGACAUUAAAGACAUCUAUAAGAGGAUGACUGGAUCCGAGUUUGACUUCGAGGAGAUGAAGCGCAAGAAAAAUGACAUCUACGGGGAAGACUAACAGCUGUAGCCUGUGCGGGUGCGCUGCUGCUGCCGCCGCUCCAGAGCCGGCUCGGCGGUUGGCCUGCUGUCUGUCCUCCUGACAUAAAGGCGAUUCGAAACGGACUAUUCCGUAACUCGGGCCAGCGUCCCUCCGUCCUCCCUGCACCUUCCCAUCUCGUAUCCUGUCAAGUAUUAUGACAGUGCCCACGUCACACGGCCACAAGCUGGGGUUCCGGGGGCCUGAAAUUCUGACACAACUCCAGCCCGCGGGAGUCACUUCGGAGGAAGCUGUGUGUGGCAGUGUUUGAACCUUAUAACAGUGAGGCGAGCGGAGGGGAGAGAAACUUCUCAUAAAGCAGGUAAACGUAGCAGCUGCUUUUGUAUCCCGGGUGUGGCUUCUUCGACGGACCAAGCUGCAAUGCAGUAUUGAUUUGACAGAGCCUUCACUUCAGUGAGGUGUCUCCACAUGGCUCCACAUGAUUUCUGUGCUGCAAAAUAAAGCCAAACUCUGGAAACCA